AUGAGAGAUCGACCCGUCAUCAGCAUCAAAAAUUACACCAUAUACUGCGGCGAUGCCGAUGAGAACAAAGUAGGUGGCUGCGCGAUAGCUGUGAGCAACGAUUAUAAGAACCUGGUGGAGAAAUUUGGCUUAACGUCGUCUAGAUGCGCCUUUCUACGACUGCAGGAUCGCAGAGGACGUAAACUCUCGAUCGUAAGUGCUACGAAAACCGCUGAGGACAACAGUAAGGACGCCUUCUAUGAUGAACUCAAUGCGUUGGUGUCUAAAAUACCAAGCCAGCAGGUGGUCAUUGUCGGAAUCGACGGAAAUGCGAAGAUGGGACUCGAACAGCAAUCCGAUGUGCUAAGAAAAUGGUAUUAUCCAGCGCAAGUCGGACAACGAAACCGAGGAGUUCCUCUUCAACUGAAAAUCGACAUCGCUGGUCUGAAAGAUGAAGAAUACACAACGAAUUUCCGCCAACAUGUGUCUAUUCAUGAUGGAGUACGGACCAGGAAGAAGCUUAGUGAUGCGGAUUCCUUCACAAAGUGCAUCCAGGACGCUGCAAGUGAAACGCUUCCGGUUCUAUUGCCGCGGAAGAAGUUUGCCUUUGCAUCCGCGAAAACAAAACCCACGUAUAAUUCUUUAUGCGCUGCCCGCAGCACUGGCAAUUUCGGCCGUCUGAAAAAGAAGUUCCGUCACGAGCUGCAAAAAGACCGCGAAAAUGAAUGGACGGAAAGAGCGAAGGAGUUUGAAAAGGCGUGGGAGGACAGGAACCCGCGAAAAGCCUAUGCUCUAUUAAAACAGUAUAGCGACAAAAUGAAAAGAUGUUCUCCUGUCCUCAACACUGCCAAUGGAGUAGCUGUCGGUGAAGCAACCCUUCCAAUUUGGAGGGAACAUUUCAAGACCUUGCUGAACCUGCAAGCACAGUCAGCUCCUGAACUCGAGCACGUUCAUAGGCCGAGAUAUGCGGUUAACGAGGAGCCACCGGCCGAGUAG